AACUGCUGAGCUAUUUUACCAGCCAUCUGAGCAGUUCUCAGCACCUUUACAUCAUGAGUCAAGGUUUCUGGAAAGUUUAUAAAGCAAAAGUUCUUCAAACGUUCAAUGCAGAACAAGAUGGCGAAACACAGGAGGAGAAUGACACCACAGAGAUUAUAGAGCCUGAAAGCCCAGACAUCGGAGAAGAAGGGUUAAACAUGUCACAGCUUGCAAAAAAGGUUCAAGGUGCUUUUGGCUGGAGAAGUGUAACUUCCCUGUUCAGUAAAGAUGAGGAUCAGAGAAUGGAUCAGAGAGCAGAAUAUACAACAGAGCAAGAGUCAGAGCAGCCUCCUUGUCCACCGCCUCAAGAAAACCCUCCAGAAAGAAAUCCAUCAGCACUGUGGGGUGUGUUCUCUAGCAGGUGGCACCAGAACUCAGCCGAGAGAUCACAAGGAAGAGGGGUCCUGGCUGAGCCUCCCGUGGAGUCAAGCUCUACUCAGCAGUUUGAGGAAACUCCCUUCAGGUGGGGCUUCCUCACUAGUAAACUAGCUGAGUUGCGAAGCAAGGGUGAUUAAAGACUUUUCAUAACAAAAGACAAUGCUAACAAAGAAUCGUUCAACCCCGUCAAUGUUCCAAGCAGUUAUAAAAAAAAAAAAAUAAGACCCUGUCCCAAAAGAAUGACAUAACUCAUUUUGAG